AUGCCACCUUCAGGGAUUACUGCUGCCGCCUGUUUUGGGAGAGGUUAUCGGGAGAGGGAUUUUUAUCAUAUAAGAGGGCUUCUACUCGGAGGAUGGAAGGAGAUAUCUACUGACCUCAGCACUCACAAAAGGAACCAUGUGCAGCCCCAACUCCAGCCCAAACAAACCACCAUCAUGGAAACUAUUGCAUAUGGUGUGAGUAGUGUUAUCUACAAAAUGGAGCACUUAAAAUCAACUAUUAUUAAACAUCCUUUUCCUGAUCACCAAGAUGACCUCCGGUGUGAGCAACAAGCUUAUGAACUGUUGGGCUCCCAUCCGCGGAUUGCCAAAUACCACGGCCGCGCCAACAAUAACCUCGCAUGCGAAAUUGAGUACUACCAGAAUGGCUGCAUCGACCAGGCUAUGCUGAAAAUACCAGAAAUUCUAUAUCUCAAAUGGUCGGAACAGAUUGCUGAGGCACUGGUGUUCGUGCAUAGCAAAGGCAUUAUACACUGCGACAUACGAUCCCCUACUGUCCUCGUCACAGAUACUUUUGACGUCGUCCUCGCCGACUUUGCAUCAUGCCGUAUAAAUGGGGUGAAGGUGUCUACGGUGACCAACAACACUAGAUAUCGUCCGCCCAGCUAUGAGGAUUCAGGCUAUAAGGUUGGCUUUCAGGAUGACUGCUUUGCAUUUGGAAGUCUGGUUUAUUUUCUGCUUACCAGAGAAGCACCCUAUAAGGAUUUACCAGAUCAUGAAGUCGUUAAUCUUUAUGUUGCAGGAACCUUUACAGAUGUGUCAAAUUGGCCGAUAGGUGCUGUAAUCGAGAAAUGCUGGCGUGGAGAAUACUUGAGUGCUACGCAGCUAUUAAAAGAUAUCAGCAACCACAGCACGGUCCCUUUGGUUGAUCCAAGUGAGGGUAGCGAGAUUGAACCCAUUGAGAUGUUCGACCUGAACGGCCCCUUAAAGCCCGAGCCGAAAGCGGCCCAAGGUCAUUACGCCAAUGUCCCCUACUGA